AGCUAGGCUUGGUGUCAUUUGAUUACAGAUGACCCUGGCCCAGCACAGAAGGAGAAACUACCAAAAUGACAGUCAUGCUAACAAUCUGAAGGUCAUGCCGUGCCGUGCCAGAAAACUCUCCAAACAUGAACAUCUUGAAUGCUCUCCUUUCUAUGAUAUUUGCAUUGUUGGCUGGGCUUAUCCUCGUUUUCUGCAUCACCAUCAUGGCUUGCAUCCUGCUCUUCAGCACGAAAUUAACCAUCACAAUGGGCAAAACUAAGAUGGUCACAACAUUUCAACAAAUGGCUCCCGAUGCGGAAUUUGCAAGGCCCAUCAUCACAUCUGAACCAACCGUCCUAACCAUUGAAUUUGAUGAAGCGGAGCUUUUAGCCAAACUAGUCAAAGAAAUCGCUCCCAAUUAUGGCAUGAUUAUGCAGGUCGCUGUGAGGAACCAAACCUGGGCUAUCGUCUCGCUAAAUGUUCGACCUAGCAACAGCACUUGGAACACAGAUCUCCACCUCAAGGAGGACAAAGCAAAAGUCAAAGGCGCAGAGGAGCAUAUAUUGGUGUUCAUCUGCAAGCAGCUGAGUGAAAACUGCACCUUAGAGGAUUAUGAGGCUCAAAAGGAACCCGUCAUUCAGAGCCUAGAACUCAGCGAUGUCAUCAAGGCCUUCUUGCGGGCUUUUCGUAAUUCAUAUCAAGCUUCCCCUGUUCAAGAAACUGAUGCUUCUGUGGAUGUCAAGACUGAAGAUGAAGAAAUCUUCCAGAGCAGUGAGGAGUGAACUUGUGUCUACCACUGUCACCCCAGAGACGGGCACAAUCUGCCCACAAUGUGCAACCUUUAAUGGGAUAUCACCCUGGCAUCUAACAUAUUUUAAAGGCAAAGAUAAAGCAUUUGACUGGUGA